AUGAACUUUGUGAUGAUGCAACCAAUCUAUCCCAAAGAUAACAUCAUACAAUUCCACUUGGCUGAUAAGCAAAUCCGCUGGCCUCGACUCUCCUGCGAUCUGGAUAUCAACUCUCCUCGCCCGUCCGAGGACUCACAGAAACUUGCCUCCCGCAACUCUGAUAACUCCCUCUCAGAGAAGAGGUCGAGAGCAUUGGCUGAUAGGUCUACCUUACCGGAGGAGCUCCUCCGCUUGUUCGCCGUCCGAUUAUUCUCCGUCGUGGAACUCAAUCAUUUCCGAAGCAUCUGCACAUCUUGGCGGUCCUCCCCUUCCGGCGCCAACAAGAAACAUCCUUGUCGGAGCCGCCCUCCUCUCCGCCACCUCUCUUUCGUGACAACGAAAGAGAAAAAUCGAGUCUCUAACACCUACCACCUCAUGUUCCUCUCACGCGCCGCCUUCUUCCGCGUCACUCUCUGCUCCUCCUCCUCGAAGCAAGGCUGGCUUAUAAAAUCCGACAUGGACAUCAACUCUGGCAAGUUCCGUCUCCUUGACCCUUUCUCCCAGUUCCCGCUGCCGCAUUCUCGCGAAAGCCUCGAUCGUUUAGAGUUCACCGUCUCGGAGAUUGGAGAAGCCUACGCGGCGCUUAGCAAAUGCAGAGGAAGAACAGAUCGUGAUUUCAAAAAAGUGGUUCUUGUCAAAGCCAAUGGAUUGGAUCAACAUCUUCUUGGGAUCAGCCGAGAGAGGUAUAUCGAAUCUUGGGAUGGGGAGUUUUGGAGCAGACUCGAAGAAAUGGCCCAUCAUAAAUUCUCUGAUAUUAUAGUUCACAAAGGGUUAACUUAUGCGUUGGAUUUAGAAGGAACUGUUUGGUGGAUUGAUUCCAGACUUAGAAUCUAUGGGUACGGUCCUUUGUUUGAAGAAACGAUUACGAAUGGUUGUUGCAUAGAGAAGAGCUUUGUGGAAUGUUGUGGAGAGCUUUACAUUGUGGAGAGGCUCUUUGAAGAGAGUUCACGGAAGAGAAAAGCUGACUCCUUGGAUUCGAAUGCGAGGGAACUCAAGACGGUUGGUUUCAAAUUUGUUUGUUUCUUUCACUUGUGGUGA